GCCUUCCUUUGUCCUACCAGUGUUAAUUCUCAGCAUGUGCCGCAGGGACUAUGCUUGUUCUCGAUUUUUUUUUGUCACGGUGUCCCAGGGCAUCCAGUGCACUGUUGUUGUAGCUCCAGAAUUUUCCAAUACCCGUUACUGACGUUGACUUGCUGAGGAAAUCAUCCAUCGCCGCAACGCGUCUGGGGAAAUGGUUUUUCGUUCAACCACAACCUGUAUGUGAGACGGCCUGCGUUGCACAUACUAGCAUGUACCUUGGGACGCUCGCUACGAACGUGAGUCCUGGUGCCAAGGCUUGGCAGUUUGAUAUACCCAGGAGCCUUGUGCAUGAUACCUCGAAUUUCACUCUGCGAUACAUCACGAAUACUCCAUACGACAUGAUCAUCUACAGCGCCGACUUUACGAUCGUGGUCAAAGGCGGUUCGUUCCCGACAUCUGCGAGUUCUUUAGCUGUGACGAGCUCUAGCACUAGCGAGAAUCUGUUCUUUCAGGCGACCUCUGCAGCAUCGCCGUCUGCGCCUUCGUCUUCCGAGUCUGGGUCUGAAACUCCAAUGCCAUCAGCAAGAAACAUCGUGAUGCCUCCCCUCCGUCCAGGCGACGUCAGCAACGUCAAUCAACCCUCUGGCAAUAGCAGGAACAGCGGAGGCCGCAUCGAUAUUGAGAAACUCAAGUUCCGCGUGGUGUUUAUUCUGUGGCCGGCAUUGUUGGGCGUUACGAUGGCUCUUUGAGAUUUUUUUUUGUUGAUGUGUUUUUUUUGUGUUUGCCUUUUUACCUUUUCUACCUUUCUGUGAUUAUUUCGAUUUUGUGUUUUCAUGUAAUGGAUUCAAAGUUCAGAAUUGGAUAGAAUUUUGGGAUGC